CGUUUCGUUUACAUUUUAUUUAUUUACGUUUAUUUAUUUGCGAGCCAGCGACCAGACCGUACCACAUCCCACCGAAUGGCCGACCGGAGGAUGUGCUUGGAUGGGGAGGAGUCCAAGGAGUGCCAUCGCCUGCUGCAAUUGACCAAUUGCCGCCUGGUGCGCGGCCACCGGCUCAUCCGCGACGAUCUUUGGGUGCGUGAUGGACGGAUCGUAAAUCCAGAGCCCAUAUUCUUCGAUGAGCAGGCCACGGCCCAUCGUCGUGUGGACUGCAACAAUGCCAUCAUUGCCCCCGGCUACAUUGACCUCCAGAUUAAUGGCGGCUAUGGCGUGGACUUCUCCUACGAUACCGAGACCAUCGAGGAGGGCGUUGAAAAGGUGGCCUGCGGUCUGGUCAAGAGUGGCGUCACCUCAUUCUGUCCCACGCUGGUGACCUCGCCCAGCCAGAGUUAUCACACCAUAUUGCCUCGGAUACCGAAAGCAGUGCCAAAUGGCGCUGGUAUAUUGGGCAUCCAUGCCGAGGGACCGUUUAUCAAUCCACAGAAGAAGGGUGCUCAUCCGGAGAGCUGCAUACGGACAAUAGAUAAGUCACAGGGACUGAGCACUCUGGAGAGCACCUAUGGCUCCCUAGAUCGCAUAAAGAUUUUAACCCUAGCCCCCGAGAAGGUCACGGAUCAGCAGGUUAUAGGUCAGCUGGUGGAUCGAGGCAUCACUGUGUCCCUUGGCCACUCGAUGGCCUCGCUCAGCGAUGGAGAGCAGGCUGUGCAGCAGGGUGCCACUCUAAUCACGCAUUUGUUUAACGCCAUGUUGCCAUUCCAUCAUCGAGAUCCCGGCUUGGUGGGGCUACUCGCCUCGGAUGCUGUGCCGCAGGGCAGGACCGUGUACUUUGGCAUUAUCUCGGAUGGCGUGCACACGCAUCCGGCUGCUCUGAGGAUUGCCUAUCGAACACAUCCUCAGGGUUUGAUCCUAGUGACGGAUGCCAUCUCGGCUUUGGGCCUGGAGGAGGGUGUUCAUCAUAUAGGACAGCUGCCGCUGGAGGUGAAGCAGGGAAAGGCAUUUAUAGCGGGCACGGAAACACUGUGCGGCAGCAUUGCACCCAUGGAUGAGUGUGUGCGGAUCUUUAAAAAGGCCACUGAUUGUUCUAUUGUUUAUGCCAUUGAGGCGGCCACCUUGCAUCCUGCCAAAUGCCUGAAGAUUGAGAAGCAAAAGGGUACUUUGGACUUUGGUUCAGAUGCGGAUUUUAUUAUAUUGGACGACGAACUGCGGGUUAUCUCCACCUGGAUAGCAGGAGAAUGUGUUCACCGGACUGCCGCCAAGUAGUACAUUGAAUGUAUAUACGGCAAUGAUUUUGUAUAUUGUUUAUCUGACGCAGGAUGUAUGUAUGUAUGUAUU